AUGUAUUCUGUUUGCAUAACAUUUCCUAUUAAUAAUCAAUUUUGGUCCAUUGUUCCAAGUUUAAAGACACUACGUUCACUUAGAAUAUUAUCUUAUACUGAUACUUAUCAAUCUCAAUUACAAGCUUUACUUGAUCGUGCACCAUAUCUUUAUCGUCUAGAUAUUAGACAAGAACUAUCAUUACCAUUACAAAUUUCAUUAUUCAAAUAUAAUAAUGCAUCAGUUCGUCAACUUUGUCUACAGAAAUAUAACUAUCGAUUCAAUGAAAAGGAAUGUGAUACAUUAACUCAUUCAUCAUUGGGUGUCCAAUGUGAAAUACUUUCCAUUAAAGUUAAAAAUCGCGAAAGUAUUAUUAUUCUUGUUAAAAAUAUGAUCAAUCUUCGAGCAUUACAUAUUCAAUGUGAAGAUGAUGAAUAUUCUAAAUAUUUGUCAUUAAUAGAAAAUGUUAAUGAAUCUCAUCAGACAAAUAAAACAAACAAAGACGAGUUAAUUCAAUGGUUAAAAGAUUAUUUAUCAUCGACAUAUUUGAUUUCGAGAGAUCCAAAAUCUAUCAAUUGUAUUCGACUAUGGAUUCGAUAA